AUGCCCCCGCUUUCGUGUCUUGUCCACUUAUACCAUAUGCUGCCUUCAACUGUAAUAUGGGAGGGUAUCCUCCAAAGGUAUUUAAAAUACGGUGAUGCCGGGUGCGACGUAUCGGAGCGGCUAACGAUUCUCGCGGCCAUGAACUCCCGCACACCUUCUCCGGCAAACUCAGUCACAGUGUCCGCCUCGAGUCCGGCGCCCAUUGCCGGGCACACUCGCUAUAUACAGAUGCUGUUGGAAGUCGACCAUAUGCCGUGGGUCUACAACAUCAUUGCCAGCGUCGCACAUUGGGUGCUCCUUGCGGGAUAUCUAGUGAUUCCUGGAACAUUCACUUCCUUGCAGAAGUCGGAAAAACUCGAGCAGGCUCUCAUUGGCAACGGUGCUAACAAGGCCGUGUUGAAUAAGAUUCAGAACCCGCCCCUCCUCGCGAUUGCCUCAAUUACAUUUGGCUCGUCGGUCGGGCCGGUUGCGAUGAAUGCAGCUGCGGGCCUCGCUACAACAUUGAUCAAUGUAUACACCGCGCAAUCAGCCACUUGGUCUAUCAUGGCUCUGGUCACCACGGUGAUGGUCGGAAGUGCCUUUUUAGUUUCGUUAUCGCUGACGGUUCUGUAUAAAUACGUCUUGUUAAAGAAGGUCGAGGAGGAGCACGAGAUGGAAAUGCGUACCAGGACGCCUACGUCGACCGACAAUCAUUCUUGA